AGUAAGAGUAUGAAUAUUCUCGUUAGGGGGUAAAUCGGAUCGUCACUUCACGUGGGACGCGUGCCCGCUGUACCACAACGUGACGGGCGCGUGGUGCGUGGCGGCGGGCGAGGAGCGCUCCGCCGCCUCCACCACGCGCCGGCGCGCGCUGCACGCGCUGCAGCAGCGCCCGCGCGCGAUGCCCACCAUAGAGCAGCGCGCGUACCAGCUGAAAGUCAAGGACAUGCGUUCGAAAUGGAAAGGUAGCCAAGAACUUCGUGAGAAACUAGCCGCCUCAGGAGGAGAGGAGACUUCUGAAGACAGGGAGCCGAUUUUAGACGGUUUUGCGCCUGAUUAUGACUUGAGACUGUUCAGAGAAGCGCAGGCGUUGGCCGCUAUCAAGAUCGAGGAGGAAUUGGGAGAUAUCCACACAGAUAAAGGAACUAGAUUCGUAGUGAUGGGCAAGUACAUGAUGGAAGUAUGGUACCAGUCGCCGUACCCCGGGGACGCGUGCCGCGUGCCGCGACUGUUCGUGUGCGAGUACUGCCUCAACCAUCACACCUCCGCCACCGGCGCGCACCGCCACCGCGCCAAGUGUGUGUGGAGGCAUCCGCCCGGGGACGAGGUGUACAGAAAAGAUAAUCUUAGUGUUUGGCAAGUGGACGGUCGCAAGCACAAGCAAUAUUGUCAGCAGCUGUGUCUACUGGCGAAGUUCUUCUUGGACCACAAAACUCUGUACUACGAUGUUGAGCCGUUCCUGUUCUACGUGAUGACCUGUGCUGACGAGGAGGGAUGUCACGUCGUAGGAUAUUUCAGUAAAGAAAAGAACUCGUUCCUAAACUACAACGUAUCUUGUAUAUUGACUUUGCCACCGUAUCAGCGCCAGGGGUAUGGAAGACUACUAAUAGAUUUCAGUUAUCUUCUCACAAAAGUGGAGGGUAAAGUGGGUUCGCCUGAGACCCCUCUGUCAGAUCUCGGUCUUAUAUCGUACCGGUCAUACUGGAAGGAGGCGUUACUCCGCCGUCUGUGCUCAGCUCCCGGACCCACGCUCUGCAUCAGAGACCUCAGCAAAGACCUGGCGAUCGCGUCGUCAGAUAUUGUCUCUACGCUCCAAGAGAGAGGACUCAUGAAGUAUUGGAAGGGCAAGCAUAUUGUUUUGAAGAAACAGGAGGUGCUGGAGGAGGUGUCCCGGCGGUGCGAGCGCGCGCGCUGCGUGGAGGCGUCCUGCCUGCGCUGGUCGCCGCCGGCCGCGCCCGCGCCCCCCCGCUGA